AUGCGCGCGCCCACCGCCGGAAGCGCCCCCCCCCCCCCCCCCCGCUCCACUCUCGAAAAUGGCCACGGCGAAUCACUCGGGCCAGUUGGAAUUUUUCUCCUCGGCUGCCCACCGAAUGUUUUGUCAAACGGCCUUCCGGCGUUCGGGUUUUUUCCCCCCCACCGGCGCAGACUGUACGCGGCGCUGGGUCGGCGCGGGGGCCGCGUGUUGGGCAGCGACCUCCAGAGCGGCUCAUCCUCCUUCCGCGUGAGCGGCCUACUGCCAGUUUCCGAGAGCUUUCGAUUCGCGCUCGACCUACGCACGCACACCUCGGGCCUCGCCGCGCCACAGCUGUGGUUCAGCCAUUUCGAGGUGAUAGACAUCGAUCCGUUCUGGCAGCCGCGCACCGAAGAGGAGUACCUCCACUGGGGCGAGAAAUGGGACGGCGUGAACCAAGCCAAGGUGUACAUGGACUCGGUUCGCCGCAGAAAAGGCCUCGCCACCGACAAGCAGCUCGUUCAGCAUGCGGAGAAGCAAAGGACCCUAUCCAAGAACAAA